UCUCAGGAGAAGCUCCGGCUCCACGCAUUGAGCCACACGGGAGAAAAACCCUUCCACUGCUCACAGCCACACUGCCCCAAGGCCUUCAGCUCCAAAUACAAACUCUUCAGGCAUAUGGCCACACACUCUCCACAGAAGACCCACCAGUGCUCAUUCUGUGAGAAAAUGUUCCACCGUAAGGACCAUCUGAAGAACCACCUGCAGACCCACGACCCCAAUAAGGAGGCUUUCAAGUGUGAGGAGUGUGGCAAGCACUACAGCACCAAGCUGGGGUACAAGCGCCACGUGGCCAUGCACUCAGCCACAGCAGGAGACCUCACCUGUAAAGUUUGCAUGCAGAGGUAUGAGAGCACACCCAUCCUCCUGGAACACCUCAAAAGCCACUCGGGGAAAUCGUCUGGUGGUGCCAAGGAGAAGAAACACCCGUGUGACCACUGCGACCGCCGUUUCUACACGCGGAAGGACGUGCGGCGACACAUGGUGGUGCACACUGGUCGAAAGGACUUCCUGUGUCAGUACUGUGCCCAGCGCUUCGGCAGGAAGGACCACUUGACGCGUCACGUGAAGAAAAGCCACUCGCAGGAGCUGUUGAAGAUCAAGACCGAACCUCCAGAUAUGCUGGGCCUCCUCGCCUCAGGGUCGCCUCCUUGUUCCGUGAAGGAGGAACUCAGCCCCAUGAUGUGCAGCGUGGCUUCUAAUAAGGACCCCAUGAUGGGAAAGUCUUUUCCAAGUGGGGCUCCCUUUCCCAUCGGCGUGUACAACCCCCACCACCUUCAGGCCAUGUCAAACUCUGGGGUAAACCACCCUCACCCGCCCCUGAUGUCCACGUCCCUCUCUGUUGGCAUGGGUUGCCACAUGGAGUCCACUGGAUCCCUGCACCCCUCCCAGCAAGCCCCGAAAUACCAGCUGGGAUCUACCUCAUACCUGCUGGACAAACCCUUAAAGGUGGAGAUGGAAAGCUUCCUCAUGGAUUUGCAGAGUGGUUUGCCGGGCCCGCUUCCCUCGGCAGAGCCUCACGCUGCUGUUUCACCCUCCAAGGAUGGAAUAGAGCCUCCCGCCAGCCUUGCAGAAGAACUUUGCGGGGAUUCUCUGCUGUCCAAGAGCCCUGCAGUGAUUGCCGAGUCUUUGUCUGCUGCUAACAUGGACUUUUCCCACUUGCUGGGUUUUCUCCCGCUCAACCUCCCUCCGUACAGUGCCCCCAUGAGCACAGGAGGACUGGUGAUGGGCUACACCUCGUCUACGACCUCCUCCUCUUCCUCAUCUCUGCACGCUGCUGAGCCUCACUCAGCAGCAGCCGCCAUGGCACCUCUUACCUCUUUGCAACCACAACCUCAGGAGCACCAGAGCUCCAGCGGGGGUCUUGGACUUGGACCCCUGCACCCUCUUCCACCAGUAUUCAGCUCCAGCCUUAGUACCACCACACUGCCUCGCUUCCACCAGGCCUUUCAGUGA